UGCGAUUCGGCAAUCCGUCUUUCAGGCCAGCUUAGAACCGCAGGCAAGCAACUAAUUCGAUACAUGCUUUGUCCAAAUGGUGGCAAAGUGCCUCCUGCUGUGACCCUCUUCCCGUCUCCCCCAGCAGCCACCGAAAGGCAUGCAAAUCAAGGGAGUAUGGUCGACCGGGUGGAGAGAAGGAGGCUCUGCGCUGUCGGCUGGGAUAACUGGCUUUGUGAGGUCUGCACGAUGAUUGGCGAUAAUGAGUAUUGA